AUGGCGAACGUGCGGGACAGCGAUAUUUCUCUGUGGCUACAUAAUAAGCUUGGUACAUCAAACGACUCAUGGAUAAGUGGUUCAAUCACGUCUCAACUGAAUAAGGAGGUGCUGCGCAAUAUCAAGGAGUGUUUUCCAGACCUACAGACGCAGGUGAAGCUGAAACUGCUGCUCAGUUUUUUCCAAAUCCCCCGACGGAUCGUCGAAGAGUGGAAGACCGAACUAGAGGAAGUCAUAGAAGUGGCUGGUCUCGACUCGGAGCUAUGGGUUUCAAUGAUAGCGGAAACAAUAAAAACUCUGCCCACCGCUGGCUCGCUGAAUACGGAGAUCUCCGAUUACGAAGAGACUCGACCGAUUUUCACAGACAUGGUGAACGAGCUGCGGCGGCUAGUGGGGAAAAAUGCAGAUCUUGGCCUGUUGCCACUCGAAUGUCAGUAUCUGAACAAAUCGGCCCUCGUGUCCGUCGUCGGGCAGCAGGCAACGCCGGUGAAACAUUUUACGCUGAAACGCAAACCGAAAAGUGCGGCCUUACGCGCGGAACUGGUGCAAAAGUCAUCCGAUGCACAGAGUUGCCUCAAGAAGAUAUCCGCACCUACAGUGCCUUUACGAUCGCGUGGUAUCCCACGUAAAAUGACCGACACAACACCGCUCAAAGGUAUUCCAUCGCGUGUACCGACCGGUGGUUUCCGAUCGCCUCCGACGACACCGGGACAGUCCCGGCCAACCAUGAGCAGAACUCCGGCCGGUCGAAAAGACGGUGGCAUCAAGCUGCUAGAGAUAGGUGAGCAACCGUUAGGCUACGCCGCCGCUAAGAAACGAAAACGAGAGCAGGAAAAGGAGGAGCAAGCGAAGAAGGUGGCCGAACAACAGACUCAAAGUGCGACCGAUGUGAAACCUGUUGUGGCUACACCGACUACUUCGGCGCCGGCGGUUACUACCACGCCGGAUUAUGCGGCCGGUUUAUCCGCCCCUUCGACCGUGUACAGCCAACCUGCAACACCGAUGCCAGCGACCUCCGGAAGCAAGGAGACUUCCUCCAGCAUAAUGACAUCAACGGUAACCAGUACAUCUCAAGCCACGGCGCAGCAGGUGCAACCAGUGCCACAGCAACCGCAACUGCAACCGGUGCAACGCCAACAGCAGCAGCAACAACAACAACAGCAGCAGCCCGAAGCGACAAUAACGACUCAACAACCUCAGCCGCAACAGCCGCAGCAAUCGCCGCAAACUCAAAUCCAGACACCGGUUACUUUAAUGGAAGAAAAUCAGGUAGAAGUGAAGGCAGAGGCUAAGAAGGAAACCAUCAGCAUAGUGACGCCAACAUCGGUCGCCGUUAGCUCGGUGCCGGUGAGCUCCGUACCCGUUCCACCGCUGGCCUACCCAACAACGAAAACAAUAACCGCAACGAUAAUCAAAACAGAGCCCAGUGGUAUCGUGGCUAGCCAAUCGAUUGCCAAUCCUUCCCUCACGCUGUCAUCGCAACCGCCAUCUUUGGUGCGCACCGUUCCACUGGUAUCUAAACAAGCCAAAACGGUCCUAGCAGCGUCACAGGCGAACAUCUUAGCACCAGCGAGUACCGGGGGUGUGCAAAUAAUUCAAAAGUCGACCGGAAAAACGGUCAGCGCGGUGGCAGCGGCCGCUGCAGCAGCAACCAGUAGCAGCAACACCGCAAGUGGACCGCCAAAGAUCGAAAUCAUUUCGUCGGAGUCGAUAGUACCGGCGUCGUUGCACGCAUCGAUUCCAAAAUCGACCACCAUCAUCAAUCGCGGCGGAAAUAUUCUGUUCACUACGAAGCAGGUGCAGCCAAACACGACGGUCGCUUCCGGCGGGGCUACCAUAAUUCAGCAGAAAGCACCAUUAACUUCGUACGUGCUAAACACUAGUUCGCCCGGCAAACAGUUGAACAUCCAGCGGAUAGUAUCGAGCGUGAAUUCCGCUGGUACACCGACUUUAACUACCACUAUCUCACGUGCGCAGCAUGCGCAGCAGCUGUUACAGCAUCAACAGCAACAGCAGCAGCAACAACAGCAACUGCAGAUUCAAGCACAGCAAGCUACUGCGCAGCCAACUAGGAUCGUGCAGAUUAAAACGGCGCCUACUGUUUCGCUCAACAACAGUCAACUGCUGCAGAACAUACCGCCACUAAUCUCGACCCAGAUGCCGUCUGGUAACGCCCAGCCAACGAUACUGAACAUCCAGUCGCUACAGCAGCAAGGACAGCAGAGUCAGCUACAAAUCACACCAACCGCCGUACCGCAGAAGCGUACAAUAACGAUAACGGCUCAAAAUCCACCAACUGCUGGGAUGACCACGUCCGUGGCGCAGAUUCUACAGCAGCAGCAGCAACUACAGCAGCAACAGCAACAACAGCAGCAGCAGCAGCAGCAGCAACAGCAAGCGUUACAAGCGGCCGCCGGCCAACAGACAAAGUACACGCAGGUCGUGCUACCGCCGGGCGUAAAGGGAAACACGUACUACGUCACGAACACGCCCGGCGUGCAGAAUGCGUUGAACCAGAAGGGCGUUAUAUUGCGCACGGUGGACGCAUCGGGCAACACCGUGUACCAGCAGAUUCCGCUCCACAACGUGUCUGGCCUGAGCGGCGCACUGCUGACCGGGCCUCCCGGUUUGGUCAAAUCGGAACCGGACAAGUUGAGUCAAAUACCUGCGCUCGUGCCGACCGGCUCGCUGCAUCAAAACAUUCCUGCCCUGACGCCAGUCGUAAUACAACCGGCAGGGGUGCAACAGCAGGGUACGACAACGGUGGUUCAGCAGCAACAGCAGCAACAGCAGCAGACGACUACGAUACCCGCGCUGAUAACGAACAUCACGCAAGCCCAGCAGCAGCAGCAGCAACAACAGCAAGUAAAGCAGCAAGUGAUUUUCCGCCCCGUCGGUGGCGGUACGAACAGUGUGCAAACCAUACUACCGCAAGGAAUAACGCUUAUUCAGCGGCCCGCCGCCGGUCAACCGAAGCUGGUGCAAACGAUCCAGCAGGCAGCGGCCGGUGGAGCGACUGCGACGACGACUUCGGCGCAGGUUGUUGGCCAGCGUACGAUCAUCACCCAAAUUCCGCAACAGCAGACGCAGCAAGUGCAACAGCAGCAGCAGCAGCAACACACCAUACAAUUCCAGGCACCGGGCACCCAGCGCACCGGCGGUACGACCAUCCAGCUCGUUCAGCAGCAGCCACAGCAACAGGCGCAGACGCAAAGUCAACCGAUACAGGUGCAGCGUAUCCAACAGCAAGGAGCGACGGUAACGAUUCAGCAGCAAUCACAAGGCGGUGGAGCACAACAGCAGCAGCAACAACCACAGCAGCAACCGCAGCAGCCACAACAGCAGCAGCCGGGACGAAAAGGACUUUCCAUAUCGAGCAAGUAUUACAUGGAAGCGCACGAUAUGUUCAAACGAGCCAACCGUGUGUCGCGGCUUGAGAAGGCCAUCAUCAUCGGUUUCAUGGCCGGCUACCGGAACAACCCUCGACCGAAUCCGGAAAACAUCGUUACAAUCAAGCUGAACGAAAGUGUCGAAAAAGUGCACCAAGCGGACGACCGGACGGCCCUCAUGCUGGUGGAAUCGCUCAUCACGCUCGACUACAAUUCAGGUCAGUGGAAAACAUUCCGGAAGUACCGUGAGCUAGACCAGGCCCAGCAGCUCACCGAGGGUGGUGGUGCGGGUGGCGAUGCGACCGCCGGAGGCACUGCGAGCGCCGCUGGAGCGGGCGGAGCGGCCUCCGCAGCUGGUCAACAAAACUCGGUAGUUAUUUAAUGUUUAGUAUAGAGUGAACCAAAACAAAAAAAAAGGAAAAAACACGAGGAAACAUUGGAAAAUCGGAACACAUUAUAUCAUUCUGUUACACUGUGUCUGUCGCACGGCGCAUUUAACAAG